AUGCAAUUCAUUCGAUUGCCAAGUGAUCUGGUGAAAAAUGGCAUCAACCGAAGAAAUAUGAAUUCUUUCAAGCUUUUGAUGUCCAAGUUUUAUCAAAGAGCGUUCUCAUCGUCUUCUAGCGUUAGCAAUAAUUCGAUCUCUCCUCUGGUGUCCACAGAUUGGGUGGCACAAAACCAGGACUCAAUAAUAGCGGUCGAUGGAUCCUGGCAUAUGCCUAAUUCUAAUAGGGAUCCUUACAAAGAAUAUUUCGAAAAGAGAUUGAAGAAUGCAAGGUUUUUUGGAAUUGAUGAAAUCAAAGAUAAAUCGGUAGACUUGCCUCAUAUGUUACCUACUCCUAAAGAUUUUGCAGAUGCUGUUGGCAAACUAGGAAUUUCAGAAAGUGAUUAUGUAGUCGUUUAUGAUUCGGUCGGAAUUUUUUCUGCUACCAGGGUAUACUGGACUUUCAAGGUCUUUGGUCACAAAAAAAUAUCUCUUCUUGAUGGUGGCUUACCAAAAUGGUUAGCAGAGAACAGGGAGAUAGAGAGUGGUCCUAUAGACAUUAAGCCAAAAUCCUACACUGUUCCAACUUUGAAUACAAAAUUAGUUAGAAAUUAUGAUGAUAUUAGGAAGAAUAUUGACUCUAAUCUUGAACAAGUUCUUGAUGCUAGACCAGGAUUACGUUUCACGGGAGAGGCUCCAGAACCGCGUCCCGGACUUCCAAGUGGGCACAUGCCCCAUUCUAUUUCUGUUCCAUUCAAUUCGGUAAUUGACCCCAAUACGAAAAAUACUUUGCUUAAAGACGAAGAGCUGAAAAAACUUUUUGAAUCAAAAAAUGUCGAUUUGGAAAAACCUAUUAUACUAAGUUGUGGUAGCGGUGUCACGGCAACUAUGUUAUAUUCGGCUUUAGAGAAAAUCGGUGCAAAAAAUUUGGCGGUUUAUGAUGGGAGUUGGACCGAAUAUGCUAGUAAAGAGGGAUCCCCUAUUGUUGGUAAAAAAUGA